AUCCUAUAUAUCCGUCAGCCGGUUGUGGGCGGAGCUUGUCAGUUCUGUCCUGGACCUAUCAUUGUUUGUAGUUAACUACGCCGCUGAGUGAAGGUCCAAGACUGAAAACAACUAGACUACCUUAAAGAAGACAUCUCUGCUUGUAUCAUCAUCUCAGGGACAAAGACCACAGUGAAUAGGAGUGUGUGAUAUCAGCUUCCCUUAUUCCAGACCUCUGCUGUCUCUGGCUGAACAAACUGACCAAAAGAAACAGAUCUGUCAGCAGAGAAGAUGGAGUCAACAGCCAACGUGUCCAAUGGAGCAGGGCCUGUGUAUGAGGAAAAAAAAGAGACACUAAGUCCCCACGACCUGUCGGAGAUGCUGGCAGCAGGGACGAAAGAGGUCCAUGAAAAGGCUGAGAACACACAGUUCGUGAAAGAUUUCCUCAGGGGUCGCAUCAGAAAAGAGCUUUUCAAGCUUGGUGCCGUUGCACUCUAUUAUACUUAUUCUGCCAUGGAGGAUGAAAUUGAAAGGAACAAAGACCACCCCCACUUUGCCCCUCUAUAUUUCCCAGCAGAGCUGAACCGUCAUGAGAACCUGGCCCGUGACCUUGAAUACUUUUAUGGUCCUGACUGGGAGACCCAGGUCAAAUGUUCUCAGGCCACACAACGGUAUGUGGACCGUAUUCAUGAAGUCGGGCAGGAAGACCCAGUGCUGCUAGUAGCUCAUGCCUACACCCGCUACAUGGGGGACCUGUCUGGAGGCCAGGUGCUGAAAAAAGUGGCCCAGAGAGCCUUGAAGCUGCCGUCCACAGGCGAGGGCCUUGAAUUCUAUCAGUUUGAUGCCAUCCAUAGUGCCAAAGCAUUCAAGCAGCUGUACCGCAGUCGGAUGAACGAGCUCGAACUGGACGUGGAAACAAAGAAGAAGCUCGUAGCCGAGGCUGUCAAGGCUUUCCAAUUCAACAUGGAGGUGUUUGAUGAGUUGGAAGAGAUGGGUAAAUCCAUCCAGGAGGAUGUUUUGGAUGCUGGCAUGCCCGUCCAUGGAGCAACAGGUGGAGACAUCAGCAAGUGUCCCUACUAUAAUGCCAAAAUGGCGGCGUCAGGUGGAUCAGCAUACGCCUGUCAGCUCGCCAUGGCUGUGCUCCGACACCCAACAGGACAAGUCCUGUUCGCCACGUGGUUUGCUGCUCUUGCUGGAUUGGCUGCGUGGUAUUUGAUGUGAUCCGGCCGUCACCCUGUCACUCCGCUGCUGUAAGAGAGAGGGGGGGAGAAGCAUCGAAAGGAAGGACAGUAAGGAGACCAAGAAAGUCCCUCAGACUGUGCUCAUGGUUCCAUAAAAAGAUUCUGAAUGGGUCCAGGUUUAUUUUAGUCACAUGUUCGUCAUAAAGGGUAGAUGACAGGAAAUAAACAUGGAUUGUUUAUCAGUGGAAUUCCAAUGAAGCAUUCCCCUUAGGACCAUAAGGAUGUAAACUCCAUCCAUCUAUCUACCAUCCAUGCAUCCAUCCAUCCACCGACUCAUCAAGUAAUUCAUUGUUACAUACUCUCCCUGUAGUUUUUACACUUCUCUACCUCCUCUGCGCUGUCCCUCCAUUUGGUCCUUUCGAGUGUGUUGGUCAAGUUUCAGGACCUUCUGCAGUUGUUUCCUGAUUUUGCAAUUGAAGUUCAUGGUGUGAAUAGCUAAUUAGAUUUAUUCUCAUUCUUUUAAUUAACUGCCAGAGUUACACAGCUAAGUAGCUUUUACAUGCGAUCUGUGUAUUAAUUCUGCAAAACCAAAUACAUGAAACUUAGAAAUCAUUUCACGGUGAGCUAAGUCAAUGCAGCUUGUUUUAAAAUACUAUGCGCAUGUUAUGCAUGAUUAUAAUAGCACAGUGAGUGUUUGCUGGACAGACUGCUGUGUGGAUUUCAAAUAAGGCCUUGGGUGUUUUUGCAUAAAUUAUUUUGAUAAUUCAGAAAUGUUUUAUGUCACCAUUACCAUAAUUUCAAGCAGCAAAAAGUAAUGUUUGUGGUAAUAAUGCAACUACAAAACUGUUUUUUCUUGUAAUUUUAACUUAGGAAAUGUCUCUAUAUAUAUAAAAACAUAAUGUGAACAUACAGUGCCCAGCAUUUCAGGAAAGAAAGCAAACGUGUGUUCUGUGAAACAGGUCAUAGGCAUCAAAAGAUUUUCUUUUGCCCCCAAAUAGCACACCUACACAUACACAAGUGCAUGAUUUCAAUAAAAAGAAUUUAGGUAGUUGUGAAGAUAACUGCCAUAUGAAUCUGAUGCAUGGUCACUUAUUCUUAAACCUUGCGAUAGGGCAUCUUGUAUUCCUUUAAAAAAAGACAAAACUGCACAGCUUGAUUAUCCAUGACAAAUUCAGGAGCCUAUAUUAGGACAUAAGUGUUACCAGAGGUGAGCUGCAGCUGUAUUCAAAGGAAAAUAUAUUUUUUAUAGUAUGAAUAAUUAUCCACAUGGAGGUGAAAUGCUUCCUAUGAUGACUUCAGGUUGGGUAGUGUCUCUAUAGGAUCCUCACUAAACUCUGUUUUAUUCAUAUACUUUUCAUACUGUUUGUUGUAAAAACGGUUCCAGUCGUGCACAUUUCUUGUUUUUCACAAAGGAUUAGGAGAACUUUUUUGUGCUGUUGUGCUGUAUGAGGUGUAAUUGCAUUAAAUUUUAAUAUUUCUCCUCACACAGUCACAGAAAAUAAUUAACUUUGCUUUAUCUUGCAAAGUAGUUUGUGUUUUCCCCCCUUUGGUUUGUUGGACUCAGAGUACAAAAAGAAACCUACUGAGAGCAACAAUUCCACCAGGUUCCUGUGUUUUCUUUUUCAAUGUGCAGUAUUCCCCCGUUAGCCCAUUUUCAUCAGGAUUAAGUGCCGUAGUGCAGCUGUUGUCAUGACAUCAUGACGUGUUUGUAUUUGAGAGUCUCAGGUCAGAUGGUAAUAUAAUGCAUUGAAUAUAAAAAGAUGAUAACAGGGGCUGUCCUAGUAUUCUCCUGUUGUUGAAUAGCCAUGUUUUAUGACAUGUUUCAAAUGUGAUGUGUCAAAAAGCCACAGCGUUUUGCAGAUAUGAAGGGACCCUUACUUGAAUUUUUGAAGUUCAGAAACCUUUUAAUCAUCGAGUAUGGUAAAUCCUUAAACUCAAGUGAGUGGAUGUGUGACUAAGCCAUGUUGAUUUUUUAAUUCUUAUGCAUUUUCAUUAACUCUGCCCCUUCUCCUGUUGUUUACGAAUGCUGAGAAAGAGCUGUGUUGCAAUACAUUUCUUAAGUUUGUUAUCUCCAGAUCACAAGUUCAUUGCUUCGUCAAGAUUACAAAAUUGGUAAACGGAAGCUUGAUUAUCUAAGCUGAUGAGGUAAUCCAUCACCAGAAGAUGACGUUGUGCUUUCUUAAGAUCACUGGAUGACUAAGGAGAGCAUGAAAAGUUGUUUUUGGUGAAUGUGACCACCUCUGAUUGAAGGCUUUAAGAUGACUGUGAUGACUGUCAGUGUUCUGCAUUGAUCGGUUAAAAAAAUACUCCUUGAUCCAACAUAUUCAGCUGAGAUCUGGUGCCACAGUAGUCAAGAUGGCCAUUAUGCAUGCAGGCAUAGCAUGUGAUCCCUGCUAACCGUACGUAGAGAGACUUGGCUCAUUUGGUUAUCAGGAUAAAAACUAAGCUUGUUUUCUCACAUUAGGUUGUGACCUUGAGAUAGCGGCAUAGAAAAUCAUUGUAAAGUUGGCCGUUCUUUGCGUCUGUACCUUCUUUAUCCACCUGGACACAAAGUGUUAGACGUGAUCGGCUCGUAUGCCUUCACGGUAUGAGUGAACAUCCAUGACUUGAGGCUGUGCUGUAAAAUGUUUUUUUUUUUCUGCUAAUACUGAAAUAAAGAUGAUAAAUUCA